AUGUUCUUCAGUGACAGCCUUUCGCCCGAUCUCAUACUCUCUCAACUGCCUGGCUGCGAUUGCGUUGGUGUGUGCGUUGAUCCGCGUCGAUGCGCGUGCCUGAGUCGUUCUGGCGAGGUAAAUUACCAUGGCGAGAGCGCAGUUCUUCGGCAGUCUACAAUGGCACCUCCUCAUCGUCCAGUCUACGAAUGCAACUCCUGCUGUAGCUGCAAUCCUGACUGCUGUCCCAACCGCCUAGUUCAGCAUCACAUGGAGGACGUUGGGGCGAUUCGGCGGGUUGAGGCGGGCUGCAAGGGUCUUGGUGCAUGUGCUGCGCGGCCGAUUGGGUGUGGCGAGUUUGUUUGUGUCUACCGCGGAGUGUACAUUAGUCCGGAUGAGGCGAGUGGGAUCUGCGCGAGUCAGGCGGAGGCGGUGGGUCAUGUGUACGUGUUGGUGGUGCGAGAAUAUGCGGGUGAAGCGGGUGAGAUGGUGUUUGAGACAGUUGUGGACGGUGCGGGUGAUGGAUUGGACGCUCUGCCACUGUCCAGUCUCAUCAACCAUUCCUGUGACCCCAACUUGACUGUGAUUCCUGUGCGGGUUGACUCGCUGUUGCCAGUUUUGGCAUUAUUUGCUCGUCGAGGCAUAUGGGAGGGUGAGGAGGUGUGCUACGACUACGGUGAGGGGCGUGGCAGCGGGUUGUCGGGGAAGCGGUGUUUAUGUGGCAGUGUGAUGUGUCGUGGCUUCCUUCCAAGGCAUGAAUAA